AUGGACCCGGCAAAAUAAUAUUUAGUUAAUUGUGUUUAGGCUCUUCUUAAUUUGCCUCAAACUCCUCAAGGUUUAGCUUCGGGCCAAACAUUAGAUAAAUUUAUGAUUGCUUAAGAGAAAAAGAGUUUGAUUCUUUAAUACAUGUAAGGUCAAGGAUUAAAAUUAUUUAAUCCUAGUAAAGUUGAUGAAUUAAAUCCAUAAACUAAAUUGAUUGCCAUAACUAAAAUUGAUACAGAUGUAAUAACUGAGGAUAAUUAUUUUACUAAUCUCACAGUCUAAUUAUUAUCACCUAAUGUAGUAACAGAAUUGAGUAAUCAUUUAUCAAUGAUCUAUUAACCAUUGAUGGGAGCUGGAGUUGAUGAAAAAAUUAAAAAAAAGUUAUCAGGUUUCAAACAGGUCUUAUAAGGACUUUAAGAUAAUGAUUUCGACAAUGUAUAAACAGAGCAGAGAAAUAUUAGUCGACCGAUUGAUGAAAUAGAAUAAUGGUUGAGAAUUUCAUAAUCUGCAACAAGUUCAGAAAGUUAAUAGAGAACAGCAAAUCAAGUUUGUUAGAUUUACUAAAAGGUUACUUAACUAUGGAAAGAUGUUAAAUAAUUGGAGAUAAAUAAAUUUUCAGAUUUAUUGGAUCAAACUUUGGUUUGUCUUGAUGAGUUAUACACUUAACAGUUAUAUAAUGAAUAAAAAUUAUCAGGAAUGUUAUCUUCUAUGUACAAUUAAAUCAUAAUAAAAUUGUAAAACAUAAUUCCAUAAGGAUAAUAAAUAUUUAGUAAUAGUCAAUAGCAGAAACUUCUAUUAUUAGAAUGCUAGAAGGUGAUAAGAAUGUUUGGAGAAAAUUUAAGGAAAUAUUUUGAAUAUGAUUGGAAAAUUAAUCCUAAUCUCUAAGAAUUUGAACAAAUUGAGAAAAGAUUGAGUGAUCUUAUUGAAUUGCGAAGUAUUUAUGAAGAAUUGAAGAGAAGCAAUAUUGAUUAAGAUUUCUUUAAGGAAUUAUUUGAAGUCAAUCCAUUUAUGUCAAUAGGUUAAGAUUCUUUAUUUAAUGUUGCUUACAAAAAAGUACUUAAUAACUUAGAGACUGCUGAAUAAGAUAUCAUAAAUCUUUUAAGAUAAUAGGUUUUUAAAUAGUAAGUGAUGAAGGAAAAUCCGUUGUAAACUAUUAGAGAGAUGUAGAGAUGGACUGGAUUAUUAUCGAGAAAUACUAUAUAGAAACACUUUUUAACAGAGCGUGAUUCAUUGAUUACUUCAAUUACUAAUAUGAUUUCUAAAAUUGAAUAGGAAUUUAAUACAAGAUCAGGAGCUGCUUUUCUUGAUGAUGGAGAAGAGGAGAAAUUGCCUUAUUAAAUUGGGUUCUCUAAAAAUAUUCACUAAAUUGUUUGGUGCAAAUCAUUGAUUGGAAAAGUGAAGAGGAUUAUUUAAUUAAUAUAAUAAUUAUUUAGUGAUAUUAAGAAAUCUGCAUUAAUUUAUAGUUAUGUGUUAAAAUCUUAUAAAAUAAGUUUAAUAAUUUGA